CUGCAGGGGAUCCGGAGUGUUGGAGUGGGACCGCAGAAUGCAGCUGUGGUUGAGUUCCUCUCGCCACUGACCAUCCUCUGUGGACCGAACGGUGCUGGCAAAACCACAGUGAUUGAGGCACUGAAAUAUGUCACAACGGGUGAGCUGCCCAAGGGGAAUCUGCAGGCAUUUAUCCACGAUAUUCGGCUAUGUGAUAAAGCACGGGUGGACGCAUCGGUGAAGUUGAAGUUCCGGGACAUCCGCGGAAGAUGCUGCGUGGUGACCAGACGUAUGAUGCAAUUCAAAGGCGCCAAGAUAUUGAAUCUUCUCGGCUUACCUGCUGCGAUAUUGGACUAUGUUGUGUUCUGUCAUCAGGAGGAAUCAUCUUGGCCGCUUGAUGAACCAAAAAAAUUAAAGGAACGUUUUGACGAGAUUUUCCAAGUGACAGGAUAUGUAAAGGCAAUCGAUGUCCUGAAGAAAGAGCUGAAAGAAAAUGUUCUUUUUAUUUUUUUUUAA